AUGGCGCUGUGGGCAGCAGUGGACCUUACCAGCAGACGGAGGAGAGCUGAAGCUCUUCAUCUGACACAAGCAUUCCGCUACACCCCAACGCAGCUCUACCAAGACGAGCCUCAAUAUCAUCACGACCACGGCAAAGGACAUCAUCACAAGGUUUUAAGUCACAGGAUGCUGAAGAUGUUUGAGGCUCCAAUUUUCAAAAAUGCUGCUUUAGGGUUUCUACUUCAAUGUCAUGUUUACUCACUGAGGAGUCAAAUCAGCAUGGAGCUCAUUUACUCCAUCUCAGCUGUUCCCACUCAGCAAUCAGCUACAAUUGUCUCCAGCCACCCUGAGGAUCAUUUAAAACCAGUUCCUGCAGGUUGGAGUCACUAUCAGAAGGUUCUGAACUUUGUGUUGGUGCAGUCUGUCAGCAUUAGCAGCAAAAUGAGGGUGUUGUGGAUUUCUUUCCUGCUGAUCGGAGGCAUCUUCUGUGCUCCUCAACAAGCAGUCCCUGAAGGUGAACCACCCAUGUGGAUGUAUUUGGCUUCACCUUCUGGACAAGCUCAGUCCCCACCAGCUUAUGAGAAACCUGUGGGACAGUCUAGUGGCUACGUGGGCUACAGUGGCUAUCCUCAGCAAUCCAGUGGUUCUGGCGUCCCUCAGGUUGGUCAGCAAGGAGCUACAGGCAGCAGUGGACCUUACCAGCAGACUGAGGAGACCUGGAGCUCUUCAUCUGACACCAGUGGUGAGGAUGAGCCUGUCUUCACUCCUGUGGAGGACGAGGAUGAGGUGUACGCUUUCAAGUCUCGGUCCAAUUACAACAUUAAGCGCCUGCUGUUCAACCAGUUCCGCUACACCCCAACGCAGCUCUACCAAGACGAGCCUCAAUAUCAUCAUCACCACCACGGCAAAGGACAUCAUCACAAGGCUUAAGUCACAGGCUGCUGAAGAUGUUUGAGGCUCCAAUAUUUAAAAAUGUUGCUCUGGGAAGUCUGGCUCUUCAAUAAAGACUUUUUAGAAAGCUC